UAGUGAGUUUGAACUGCCAACCUUGAAGCUAAUAGCCCAACAUGUAACCCAUGAUGCCACCAGGGCUCCUCAGAAUGCCCCCGCUUCGACCCCUAGUAGCACCCAGCUCCUCACCAACUCUCCCCACUACACACAGAGUACCAGCCCUGCUCAUCAGCCCCGCCCCCUCUCGCCCUGGCCACGCCCCUGCCCCUCUGUAGGACACGGUCUCCGUGCACCGGCCCAGCUUCUAUGCCGAGCGGUUCUUCAAGUUCAUGAGCAACACCGUCUUCCGGAAAAACUCCUCCCUGAAGUCCUCACCUUCCAAGAAGGGGCGUGGCGCCCUGCUGGCUGUCAAGCCCCUGGGGCCCACGGCUGCCUUCUCAGCCAGCCAGAUCCCCAGCGAGCGUGAGGAUGCACAGUACGACCUACGAGGGGCCCGAAGCUACCCCACGCUGGAGGACGAGGGCCGGCCAGACCUGCUGCCCUGCACGCCUCCCUCCUUCGAAGAAGCCACUACCGCCUCCAUUGCCACCACCCUGUCGUCCACCUCCCUCUCCAUCCCUGAGCGGUCGCCCUCGGAGACGUCUGAGCAGCCUCGCUACAGGUGGCCCACUGGCCCUGGCCUCCUGCCGCCCCUCACCCUCUGUCCUCUGUUCUUCCUCCCGCCCCGCGCCGCCCAGUUCUCGGAGGGGAGGUACUGGAUGUACUCGCCCCGCCACCGCCGCCUGCGGGCCGUCUCGCCGAGCUCCUCGGGGACU